AUGAAAUCCUUGGCUUGUGGAACUUGGGUAAGCAGUCACUUGUGCUCAUUCAGAAACAAUAUUGCCCUGAUCAAGUUGUCCGAGCCUGUGACACUGAGUGACACUGUUCAGCUGGGCUGUGUUCCUACUGCUGGCUCCAUCCUUGACAACAACUACCCCUGCUAUAUUUCAGGCUGGGGAAGACUCUCCACUGGAGGUCCUUUCCCUGUGAAACUGCAGGAAGCACUGAUGCCCGCUGUGGAUCACGCCACCUGCACCAGGUCUGACUGGUGGGGUUCCACUGUCAUGGAAAGCAUGGUUUGUGCUGGUGGAGAUUGUGUUGUCGCUGGUGCAAUGUGA